GAGACGGACGACGAUACGAGACGAGCCGCUCGCCGCUCUCGGUCGGUUCUGUCGUUACCGGAGCGGAGCGGAAAGCGCAAAGCCCACACCACACUACACACCACCAGCUCGCUCGCACGCUCGCUCGCAAUAACUCUAAACUCGAGGCAAGAUGGCGGCCGCGGCGGCGGAGGUCCCGUCCGCGCACCUCGCGCUCGCCACGGGCGACAAGAUCCUCGUGUCCGUCGAAUCCGUGCUCCCCGAUAUCCUCGUGGUGUCCUUCGUCCACGGCGCCAAGUGCUUCCAAGGCGCGCUUCUCGACGCCACUAAAAGAGGCCUUCCUUGGGGUGUCCAGCCUCCGGAACCGGUGCCGGAUCCCGAUGGCGACAAGUUGGCGACGAUCGCGACGCGAUUCAGCUACUUCCAGGAGCGGAAAAUCGCGUCGUCGGCGUCGACGACCACCGUAGUUCCCAAGGUCGACCUCCGCAGGAGCAUCAAUCCGCCCGCCAGGUAUAAGAACGCGAGGCCCACAGUGAGACUGAGGCCCCGCCAGGUGCUGUGCAGCAAAUGCCGAUCGAUCUGCAACGAGAAUAGCGAGAACGUUGACGUCAGCAAGAAACGAAAGCAUGAAGACGUGCAGCAGCCACAACAACAACAAUCGCAGCUGGUUUUGAGAAGAAGCGACAGACGUUGCGCCCAGCAACCGCAGAAAGCUCAGCGGACGUUGCUUUCGGAGUGUCAGACGGAGAACUCGGCAUCCAAUCAAGCGGCGACGAAGACGGCAACUUCGAGUCCGGACUCGUCGAAACUUGGCGCGUCGCUGAUCCCGAAGUUGUCGAGAUUGCAGCCUAACGAGAUCAGCAACGCGAUGCAGGGCUCCGGUCAAUUAUCCGAUAAAAUGAAGGUCGCGUCGAGCGCGAUCUCGCAAUGGUCUGUUGAAAAUGAAGAGACGUCAUCGAGAAACGUACUGGCGUCGUCGCGGGUGGAAUCCACCGCCGACUGCGACAGCAAUUCUUCGAUGGCGUAUUGCGCUACACCGAGAAGGCUCAGCAGUUCAUCAGUGGAGAGUGCGAAAGUUCCCGAGGAGGAGGACAAGAAAACCUUUGCAGCCGCGGACUCGACGAUGAGACUGAGAGCCGGCAGAGUGCCAAGGAAGAAGCGCUCGGUGGGCUCGAUGGAGGAUCUUUGGGACGAAUCGGUGUUCGAGGACCCCACGAGGACCGCCCGGACCACGCCGGUGAUCAAGAUCUCGUUUGGUGCGCAGGGUGAAGGGACAGUUCUCAAGAUACCGGCGAAACCUCAGGAUCCUGACGCGUACGAGCAGGAGACAGACGAUGCCGACGACGCCCAGCAAGAGAGAGAUCCCCUGGAGCUGCCUAGGUCCUUCGGCAACGAUUACGAGGGUGAGGAGGACGGACAGGAACAAGUGGAUCCUCAGAAACAGGGCGGUGUGGUGAAGGACGCCAGCGCGAAGGCGGCGAAACGGGCUUUAAAAAAGGCCAAGAAGGAGGCCAGAAGAAAAUUGCUGGGCGGAGUGUCACCAGCGAGGUCACCUUGCAACGGAUCGCCGAGAUACAAUUCAACGUUCGACCCGCUUUCCUUCCAUCGACGGAAGCAUAAAGCAAAGCACAAAAAGAAGCAUAAGGAGGGUCGAAAAUACAAGCAACAGCAGCAGCAACAACCACCACAACCACAACCUCAACCUCAACAACAACAACAGCAGCAGCAGCAGCAACAGCAGGAACAGCCUCAGUCCGAUCAGCCGCAGUCUUCUUGUUUGGAUUCUGCAGAACAGUCGCAGCAGAACUGGAACGUUCUGCCGGACGGUGGCGAGUACAGAGCGAUCAAGGAACAGUGCCUGAAGCAAAAGUUGUCGAUAUCCUUGAAGAGACUGAACACGAACGCGUACGCGCGUUGUGACUAUCCUGUGAGCAACGCGUCCUCCGGCUGUAAGAGCUCCGGCGGUAGCAGCGACGAGCUGAGCGAACACGAACCGGAACACGAAACCGCGCCGGAUUUCCCGCCGCAUCAGUCGCACCCUCUGGUCAUGCGCCUAGCUGCCACUCCCGUAGCGCAUUGUCUCACGGCCAACGGUAGGCGGAUGGACGUGGGUGACGUUGUUUGGGGCAAGAUUCAUGGCUUUCCCUGGUGGCCCGGCAAGGUAUUAAGCAUCACGGUGUCCUGCAAGGAGGACGGGACCUCCUCAGGUCCGCAAGCUCACGUGGCUUGGUACGGAUCGUCGACGAGUUCGCUGAUGUCCUGUGAUCAACUGAGUCCCUUCCUGGAAACAUUCAAAACGCGGUACAACAAGAAGAAACGCGGCCCAUACAAGGAGGCGAUACGGCAAGCCCAGAACGAGGCCCGAAGUCAGAUCACGCCUAACUCGACCAGCAGCGUGUUGAACGUCUGCGGUUCGCCCCGCGAGGUAAACGUCCUCUCUUAAGGGAAGUUCUCCAACAACCAUUCCUUACUGCCGAGCAUCCGUCGAUGUGAUAAUUGUAGCGCUCACGGCAAGAAAGUGUCGAUCGAUAUUCGAUGACAACUCUGACUUUUUUUUUAUCGAUUUACACUUUUUCUUUCGAAUCUUAUUCAUUUACUAUGAUUUUUUUAUUUUGCGGAUAUAAUCUGUGGCUUAUGUGAUAAAUUUAAACGCUUGAAAUUCUUAGAUUUGGAUAAUUGCUCUCAAGUUAUCAUUUUGAUGUUUCGAGAUUUAUAUGGAUUUCAUAUAUCUUCCGAGUUUCCUGAUUUUUUAACAUACGCUAUGUUAUUGUAAUGAUAAUUAUUGCUGACGAUAACGAUAAAAUCCCCGGAGAGAUAACGCACUUGCGUCACAUGUGCGGGUCAACACUGACUUUCCACGAGCGCUUGAAUUAACGACGGAUCGGAAUUGUCGUGUAACAUAUGAAAUUUUGUACAUACCCCUUAGCGCUAAUGAAAUAGUUACUGAUCGAUGUUCUGUCAGCCAUUUGUCUCGCGAUCGAUCGUUCAGAGCCAGUCGCGUACCGACAGAUCCGAUUAACUAUCCUCGACUGACACUUCCUCAUUUCGUACUGCAUCGCGGGUUUAAUUACAUUCCUAAAAGGAGUAAACAUUUAUCUAACCGGUUGUUGAUGUUGAAUCGAUAUUCGAGUUUCUAGAGCCUAAAUUUGUGUUGUUCUUUUAAUUUGUAAAAAAUUGUUUACGACAUCUUUGGAUUUCGAUUGCUAAUAUUUCUAGGAAAUUGUAUUUUUAAAUCCAGCGAUGCCUCGAAUAGAUUCUCUCUCGUAAGAUUGUAACGCUCUCACGCUCCAACAGUGUAAUAUAUUUGAAUUACAUCGUCACGUAAUUCGAAUCCUCUCGAUUCAUAAUAUACUUUUCGAUCGUGAGACCUUUGGAUCCCGCGAUAGAAUCGCAUUUAAAUGCAAAUUUUUAUUCUUCGACAAAGGCGGUCAAUGUCUGCGUGAUCGACUGACUCUCGACGAACCGCGUCGCGAACUUUACUGCCAUCGUCACUGGCUUUUCUGUCCUCGGCUUACCAAGCGGAUGGUAGCACGUAAAAGUCUUACCCUAGAUAUCUCUAGAUUAAUCGUAAGUACUCACUGUGAGGUUCGUUUUUGAUUAAUCUCUCAAGCGUCUCUCAGGCGAUGUGGCUCGCAAUUAUCCAAAAUUGAUAAUUAUAUUUUAAUUAAUUAUCGGAAAAUGCACGGAUUAUAUCUCAGACUAUACAUUAUUAUAAUUUU